CUCAGCAGAGAAGGCACUCAGAGGGAAUUCAGUCUCCUCUUAGUGAGCUCACCUGCUCCAGUCCUCUCUGCUCUUUCUCUGUUUGCGCCCUCCCUUCGAAGACAACCAUGACCACGAGCACCCGCAGCAUCAGCUUCAGCUCCGGUGGCAGCCUGGGAGGUGGCAGCGGGAGAAAGUCCUUCUCCACCCAAUCUGCCUAUGCCACUCCAAGGGGCUUGAGGAGCUCAGGCAGCGUCCGUCAAUCCAGCUUCGGCCUUGGCGGUGGCGGCGGCGGAGUCAGCUUCAGUUCAAGCAGCAUGAGUGGAGGCUAUGGCGGCGGUCUGGGAAGUGGCUUUGGCGGUGGAGCUGGGUUCGGUGGUGGAGCCGGGUUCGGCGGUGGAGCUGGGUUCGGCGGUGGAGCUGGGUUCGGCGGUGGAGCUGGGUUCGGCGGUGGAGCCGGGUUCGGCGGUGGAGCUGGAUUCGGAAUGGGAGGUGGCUUCGGUGGUGGUGCUGGUUUUGUUGCGCCACCUAUCACAGCCGUUACCGUAAACCAGAGUCUGCUUCAGCCCCUCAACCUGGAGAUCGACCCCAACAUCCAGGUGGUCCGCACACAAGAGAAAGAGCAGAUCAAGACCCUCAACAACCGCUUCGCCUCUUUCAUUGACAAGGUACGUUUCCUGGAGCAACAGAACAAGAUGCUGGAGACCAAGUGGAGUCUCCUGCAGGAACAGACCGUCACUCGCUCCAACAUCGACGCCAUGUUCGAGGCCUACAUCGCCAACCUGCGCAGACAGCUGGAUGGUCUUGGAAACGAGAAGAUCAAGCUGGAGGGAGAGCUGAAGAACAUGCAGGGCCUGGUGGAAGACUUCAAGAACAAAUACGAGGAUGAAAUCAACAAGCGUGCCUCUGUGGAGAAUGAGUUUGUCCUGCUCAAGAAGGAUGUCGAUGGUGCCUACAUGAGCAAGAUUGAGCUGGAGGCUAAGGUCGACGCCCUUCAGGAUGAGAUCAACUUCCUCAGGGCCAUCUACGAGGAGGAGCUGCGUGAGCUUCAAGGACAGAUCAAGGACACAUCAGUGAUUGUGGAGAUGGACAACAGCCGCAACCUGGACAUGGACUCCAUUGUGGCUGAAGUGCGCGCUCAGUAUGAGGACAUUGCUAACCGCAGCCGUGCCGAAGCUGAGACGUGGUACAAGCAGAAGUUCGAGGAGAUGCAGACAUCUGCUGGUCAAUACGGUGAUGACCUUCGCAACACCAAAUCUGAGAUUGCAGAGCUGAAUCGCAUGAUCAGCCGACUCCAGAAUGAAAUUGAAUCCGUCAAGGGACAGCGUGCCAAUCUGGAAGCUCAGAUUGCAGAGGCAGAGGAAAGAGGAGAGAUCGCAGUGAAGGACGCCAAACUCCGAAUUAAGGAACUGGAGGAGGCCCUUCAGAGAGCCAAGCAGGACAUGGCAAGGCAGGUGCGCGAAUACCAGGAGCUGAUGAACGUCAAACUGGCUCUGGACAUUGAGAUCGCCACCUACAGGAAACUCCUGGAAGGAGAGGAGACCAGGAUCGCAACUGGUGGCUCAAAUGCAACCAUCCACAUUCAGGAGAGCUCCAGCGGUGGCGGCUCUGGAUUCGGCGGUGGAUAUGGCGGUGGAUUCGGCUACGGUGGCGGUGCUGGCGGCGCUGGUGGUGCUGGCUUUGGGCUCGGUGGUGGAUCUGGAUUUGGCGGUGGAUUUGGCGGUGGAUCUGGAUAUGGCAGUGGAUCAGGCUUCGGAAUUGGUGGUGGCUCCGGAAUCAGCUUGAGCGGAGGUGGCGGUGGAAUGUCCUCCUCCCGUUCUACUUCCGUGUCAUCCGUUCAGCGCCGCUACUAAGCACUCCAAGUCCUUCCAAGCCCUCCAUACCCAGCUCUCCGCCCCACGUCAUACUGAAGAACCUCCACUCUCAUUACUGCCCCAUAACCUCACAACUCUUCACAGCGCUCAGCGUCUCUUCCCUUCUUCAUUCUUUGACCAUACUAUAUGUAUUCCUAGAGUAUCUGCUGACCUGUAUUAAAUAUGUUUACAUGUGUUUAGCACAUAGCAUAAAGCUACUCAGUGAAGCAUAAGCUCAGUGGUCGCUCAAAGUCUACAGAGUUGGUAUGGUCCAGUCUAGAAAGUUUUAUGUGCUUUUGCUUUUUCUUCUCCAAAAUGUCCCUCCAGAGUAAACCCAAAAGAAAAACAAAAGAAAGUGAAAGAAAGGAAACUAGCUAAAGAGAGAGACAUAGCAAAGAGCUCACAUUCUACACCUUCACUGCCAGCCUGACAAGUGUCUGUUGCUCAGUGUUAAAAAAAAAAACAUCAAAAAAUGAGGCAAAUUGUUUCAACAACGGUCACUCCUGUCAGCACUGCCAAACAAUCUGCCGCAUUUUUUGAAACACAACUCAUCGGUAAUGUUCUUGAGAAUAGAGCAGUUACACGGCCACGUUCUCCAGAGUACUCCGGCUCGCGUCCUGGAACAGCUGUUGUCAAAGUGCCCUGUGUCCUCUGUUUCUCAAAGGCUGACUGGUGUGACAAGAUUUGUGCAAUGUGAUUGAUUGAGCAUUCAACUGCAAACCUGAAUAAAGGUGGAUUCUAAAAAUUUCA